GAUGGUUAGCAGACAGCAACCGGUCGCGCAGUUGUCGCGCGAUCGGUUGCUAAUCGCUGAAAAAAAUCGUAUUAUAUAAGCCUGUCGCUCUGCUGUUGUCCGCUAGCUAUUAAAUGCAUUUUUAGCGACAAAAAAAGCGCCACUAGCGAUCUUGUAGCAACACGUGGAACUAAUUUAAAACGUCAAGUGUUUUGUUUACAAAACUUACAAGUGAAUUCUUAGUUAUUUAUUACAAAAAAUGGGCUGGAGUGGUGAGAAAAAGUGGAUUUAUUGGCUCUGGAAAAGCACUCGAAGCAAACUUUCAAGAAACUUAUACGUAUGCAGGCAACAAUAUAAAAUGGAACACAGAGUCUCCAACUCACAGAUCGAAGAACUGUUGGACCACUUGGCUGGUCAUUCAUCAUUAGCCAAAGGUGUUGGUCUUGGGGCAAGGUCGAAAGAGACCAUUGACAGAGAGUGGAACGAUCUUGCCCAAAAAUUAAACGCUCAUGGGUCGGGAGCUAAUAAAAGUGGUCAACGGUGGAAACGUUAUUGGGCUGAUAUUAAACACAAAGCCAAGUCAAGAGCUGCUGCUAGGCGGCGAGAUGCUUCUGGCACAGGUGGUGGACCAUCAAGAGAAGAAGAUCUGUCUGAAACAGAUCGAAAGAUCUUGGGGAUAAUUGGGGAUGCUGCAGUGUAUGGAGACUCUCAACACCGAGUGCCCGUUUUUGAAAUCCAAAAUGAACCUCAGACUGUAAAUGUGAUAGAGGAUAUUAUAGUACCUGAGGAUGUUGUGCCUGUAAGCACGCCAGAAUCAGCUCUUGCAACAGUGGUGUCACCUUCAAAGACUGGGCGUACAAGCACAAUAAUAUACACUAUGCAUACACCACCAGGGGACAAAAAAUCUAAUGUGUGUGAAGUUAAAACUGCAACGGCAAGUCCCGCUACCUCCAGGCCUCUGAAGCGUUCACUGUUCCAAGACUCAAAGAUUAAUAAAAACUCCAAUAAGUCAAAUAGAACAAAAGUGGAACCUGCUUGGGUCGUGGAACUAGAGUCUAGGCGUGUUGCAGCAGAGGAUAAAUUAGCCAAUGCUGCAAUGAUAAUAGCAGAGGCCUCCCGAACAAAUGCAGAAACUGCUCGGCUAAAUGCAGAAUGUGCUAAGAUGCAUUAUGAACUCAUGGCCAAGUUGAUAGAGACUAUAAAAAAGUGAAACGUGACCCUAUUUUAUUAAUAGUUUCAUAAUAGUAUAUAAGAAUCUAUUAUCUAA